AAAAAGACAAUCAAAAGCUUACAAACAGUUUCAUUUUUAACCAUUGACAUCCAAAUAGCCACCUCAAGUUAUGCUGAUGGUCUUGGUUACUCCACAUAUAUUGGUCACAUGGAUGAUGAGCGUAUUGUUUUUGAAGCUUCUUUGGGCGCAGCAAACGAAGAUCAAGGUCACAUUCAAGAUGCCACUUUAAAAUUGCUUAGGAUCUUAACCUUUAUCCUCGUAUUAAAGGCGUAUGAUUUGAAAAAUAUGUGGUAUUUGACAAAAAUAAUACACUUGAGAAAUCAUGAGAUAAAAGUAUAUCUUUAUUAG